AUGUCUGCUAUCCCGACUACUGCUCAGGCGUGGCGCUUUCCGCCUGACCAAAAGAGCUGGAACGGCCACAAGAGCCUCGAGCUCCGUCAAGUCAAAAUCACUCCUCCUAAGCAAGGAGAGGUCCUAGUGAAGCUACACGCAGCUGCUCUUAACUACAGGGUAUGCACGGACAUUCUCAUUAGCAGGGAGCAAUAUCCUGGGCCAUACUCUACCGGCCCUGACGGACAGGGGCUGAUUCCGUCUUGCGACGGCGCUGGAGAAGUAGUCGCUGUCGGCGAGGGUGUCACGCAGUGGAAGAAAGGAGACCGAGUGCACUCGUUGUUCUUCGAAACGUGGUUUGAUGGUCCUAUUCAAGACGAGCAUACGCUCUUUACAGUUGGUGGUGGCACCACCGGAUGCCUCACUCAAUACAGAGUGUUCGAUGCUAAAACUCUCCUCCCGAUCCCAGCUCACCUUUCUUACGAAGAGGCUGCCACCAUCCCAUGUGCAGCAUUGACCGCAUGGCACUCGUUCUUCGAAAAGCAACCCAUCACCAAAGAUUCGACCGUGCUGGUACUCGGUAGCGGAGGAGUCUCCGUGUUUGGCGCGCAGCUUGCCAAGGCGGCGGGAGCACGGGUGAUUGCUACUACUUCGAGCAAGGAGAAGGCGGCCAAGUACAAAGACUUGGGAGUCGACGAGAUCAUCAACUACCGAGAGGUGCCUGAGUGGUCGAGCAAGGUCAAAGAGCUGACCGGAGGUAAAGGUGUCGAGCAGGUGCUUGAAGUUGGCGGACAGGGCACGCUCAUGCAAUCCCUGAAGUCUAUCAAACGCGAAGGCUUCGUACACGUGAUCGGCGUUGUUGCGCAGGGUAACCCAGGUGGCGAGACCCUCCAUGACCUGGCUAUGACGUUAUUAUUCGGACAGGCCUCGAUGGCCGGAAUCCUGGUCGGAAACAAGGCAAUGUGCGAGAGGUUGGACGCAUUCAUGACUAAACACAAGAUUAAGCCAGUUAUUGAUCGUGUGUUUGGUUGGAGUGAGGUGGUAGAUGCGUUGGACUACCAGCUCAGCGGAUCGCACUUUGGAAAAAUCAUCAUCAAAAUUGACUGA